GCCCUUCCGCCUUACUCAGCCAGCCGCGGAGACGGGCGCGGGCCAUGCAGCGGGCAGCAGGGAAGGAGCUCACCCUGGCGCCACUGCAGGACUGGGGCGAGGAGACCGAGGACGGCGCAGUGUACAGUGUCUCUCUGCGGCGGCAGCGCAGUCAGCGUCUGAGCCCUGGGGAAGGGCCUGGGGACAGGCAGGCCCCCAGCCCAAAUGCCGACGCCUUCCUUCAUUACCGCACAAGCAAGGUUCGAGCACUAAGGGCAGCGCAUCUGGAGCGGCUGGUGUGGGAGUUGGUGUCUGGAGACCGCGAGCAGGACCCGGGCUUUGUGCCCACUUUCCUGGCCACGCACCGGGCCUUUGUGCCCACUGCCCGAGUGCUGGGCCUUCUCCUGCCACCACCGCCACCGCCCCUGCCACCCUGGAUAGAGAUCAAGAAGACAGAGGAACAAAGUCUGAGCUUCAACAAGAACCUGAGGGCUGUGGUGUCUGUGCUGGGCUCCUGGCUGCGUGACCACCCUCAAGACUUCUGGGACCCGCCUGCCCACUCAGACCUAAGCAGUGUCCGUACUUUUCUGGGCUGGGCCGCCCCACUGGGAGCCGAGGCACUGGAGGCAGAGAAGCUGCUGGGGGAUUUCCUGGAGGAGGCUUAUCGAGAGCAGGAAGAAGAGGAGCAGUUCCAGGAGUGGGCAGGACCUCCUGGAACUGCCCAGACCUCCAGCCCCGACUCCCUGGAAGGCUGCUUGGAAGAGGAGGAAGGACUGGUGCAGGAAGGCCCUGAGCUCCUGGACUUCGGUGUGGAUGAGGUGGCCGAGCAGUUGACGCUGAUGGACGUGGAGCUCUUUUCGCGAGUGCGGCCCUGCGAGUGCCUGGGCUCCGUGUGGUCGCAGCGGGACCGGCCAGGGGCUGCAGGCAUCUGCCCCACUGUGCGCGCCACUGUGACCCAGUUCAACACAGUGACCGGCUGUGUGCUGGGCUCGGUGCUCGGGGCGCCAGGCCUGGCUGCCCCACAGAGGGCGCAGCGACUGGAGAAGUGGAUCCGCAUCGCCCAGCGCUGCAGGGAACUGCGAAACUUCUCCUCCCUGCGCGCCAUCCUGUCCGCCCUGCAGUCUAACCCUAUAUAUCGGCUCAAGAGCAGCUGGGCGGCUGUGAGCAGGGAACCGUUAUCCACUUUCAGGAAACUUUCGCAGAUUUUCUCAGAUGAGAACAACCAUCUCAGCAGCAGGGAGAUUCUUUCCCAGGAGGAAGCCACCGAUGGACUCCAAGAGGAGGACGCACCCCCAGGAAGCCUGACUUCAAAGCUGCCCCCAGGCCCAGUCCCCUACCUUGGUACCUUUCUCACGGACCUGGUUAUGCUGGACACAGCCCUGCCGGACAUGCUAGAGGGGGAUCUUAUCAACUUUGAGAAGAGGAGGAAGGAGUGGGAGAUCCUGGCCCGCAUCCAGCAGCUGCAGAGGCGCUGUCGUAACUACUGCCUGAGCGCCCGCCCACCCAUCCUAGCUGCCCUGCGUGCCCAGCACCAACUCAGCGAGGAGCAGAGCUAUCGUGUCUCCCGUGUCAUUGAGCCACCAGCCACCUCCUGUCCCAGCUCCCCACAUGUGCGACGACGAAUUAGCCUCACCAAGCGUCUUAGUGCGAAGCUGUCCCGAGAGAGAGGCCCAUCCUCUGGUGCAAGUCCUGGGGACCCUCCAUCACCCACCUCCAGUCUCUGCAUUUUGCCCAGUCUUUCCCCAGCUUCCCCACCACCCAGUCCUAGAACCAGGGACCCUUCUCCAGGAAGUCCCCCAGCCUCUCCAGGGCCUCAGGGCCCCAGCACCAAGCUGCCCCUGGCCUUGACCCUGAACUGCCCUCGCAUCCCCCUUGGUGGGCAGCAGGGCUCAGAGGCCCGGGUCAUCCGAGUCAGCAUCGACAAUGACCACGGGAACCUGUAUCGGAGCAUCCUGCUCACUAGUCAGGACAAGGCCCCCAGCGUGGUCCAGAGAGCCUUGCAGAAGCACAAUGUGGCCCAGCCCUGGGCCCAUGACUACCAGCUCUUUCAAGUCCUUCCUGGGGACCGGGAGCUCCUGAUUCCUGACAAUGCCAACGUCUUCUAUGCCAUGAGCCCAGCUGGCCCUGGAGACUUCAUGCUGCGGCGGAAGGAUGGGCCCGGCGCACAACCUCAGUCUCCCUGACCUGAGGUGGCCCUCUCCUGCCUCCAAGACACAGGUCCCAUGGGCAGCUUCUAUCACCAUGAGGGUGGGGAGGGUGCUUCUCUCCCAGUAGAGCCCAUUGUGCUCUGUACUCUGUGACCCCUCCCCAACUUUAUUGGGCUCCAUCCCUCCAGUGCUCUUGGCACUGGAUCCUUAUUCCAAAGUCAUCAGCCCACAGAAUGGCUGGUGGAGAGCUCCAUCACAUACUGGGAAUCAGACCCUUCCCCAGAGAAAUCUUGUAACUCUUGGAGAUACAUCAGAACUGACAGAAGUGGAUGAAAAUAAUGACCAAAGUUAUGAAACAGGAACCAGUCUUGUUUGUUCUGCGCCUGUGCAUGUUCACUCUCCAUCCAGAUAAAAAAUGUAAAAGAAAAGAAAAAAAUUAAGACCCCUAGGAAAGGGGUUGGGUGAAGCAUGACUAGAUGCUGGGGAGUAGGGUGGAGUAUGGUUCUGUCACACAUACACAUAAUAUUUUUAGAGCAAUAUGCUUCUUUUCUGCUGUGUAUAUGGGAGAUUAAGAAAUGAAAUUCCAUUGGAAUCAGAGACAAAUAACAUCAUCACCCAUGAGUCAAUAAUAGCUGUGAGGAUAGAAGGGGAGUGCGAGUUGUCUAUCAGCACUGGAAUAAGAAGAAACAGAAGGCAGCAAUGAAAUGAGCGGUAGGUCCACCAGCAACGGAAUCACAACAACAACAACAAUAAUAUGCCCACUUAUUCACUACACUCUGUCCGGACACUAAACAAGAGCUUUAUAUCUUAUUAUAUUAAUCAGGAUUCUUUUUGUUUCAAGUGGUUCAAACAGGCAUUGGCAAAAAAGGAAAUUAAUGGCUCAUGUAAUUGAAAAGUUGAAUGGGGCCACAUUCAGGCACAGUUGGAUCUAGGGACUCAAAAGAUAUCAGCAGGAUUUCAUUGCUGUCUCUGGGCUCUAAUUUGCUAUAAGAAUGAAACUGUCCAUUUUCUCCCCACCCCCCAAAUCCAGUCACCUUCUCCAAUGGUAACAGAGCCAAGGAUUUUUAUUUGGCCACCCAGAGUGAAAACUAGCAUUUCUAGGCUCCCUUACAACAAAAUGUGGUCAUGAAACUAAGUCCUGGCCAAUGAGAUGUAAAGGGAAAGGGUAUGGGUAAAUGCUAGGUCCUACCCUUAAAGACAAGGGGUAGUCUUCCCCCUUCCUUUUCUGCCUCCUGCUGUUUAGGAUGAAAACAGAGUGGGUCAAGUUGGAUGAGGUGGUUCACAUCUUCUAAAUAACUGAAAAACAAACUGGAAGGAGCGUGGCUCUCUGAUACCAGGAAGCUGCCAUAUUAUAUUGCUGCUACUUGGAUUGUUACAUAAGAGAGAAAUAAAUGUCUUUUGUACUUAAGCCACUAUUAUUUGGAUCUCCGUUACAGAAGCCAAAAGAACUUUUAAAGUAAGGUAGCCCCACUCCAAGUCAGGCUCACACCUCCUGGGAACAUGCCAGGUUUACAUCCCACCAGCUCCAUCCCUAACAUGCAAGGAUAACCCUUUUUUCCCAUAAGCUCCAGCAAAAGUCCCACAGCAGAUGCCCACUGGACCAACUCAUGUCAUGUGGCCACCCCCGAACCAAUCACUGUUCAGAGGAAUGUAAUAUGCUGAUUAGCCAGGCUUAAUUAACCAUCCUUUGAGCUGACAGAGAAACUUCAAGUCACAGGAGUGAAGUCUGGGAGUGCACAGAAAAGGAAAUAACAUUUGGGUUCUUUUAUUAGAAGGAAGAAUUCUGGUGAAUGAGCAAAAAACAAUCCCUAGGGUUCUAAACAUUGUUUUUGGAGCAAUAACGGGGAAUGUGCAGGCCAUCUCAGGUGGGAGAGGAGAUAGAAGAAUCUAAGCAUCGUGUAGAGUCUGGUGGAAGACAGAUUACAGUAUACAAUAUGCUACUUUAAAGGCUUUGGUUGAGGAGGGGUUGCCAUGAGUAUGAAAACCUUGGGACCAAUUGGAUGUGAGUAACAAUAUCCUUGAACUAGCUAAAGCAAAUAAUUGCUGUAUGAUGCAAUAUGUGAAUUGUAUCUCAAUAAAAAUAAAAUAAUUGCUGUC